AUGACAAUUCUGGUCGCUCGUGUGUCGCGCACGAGAUCCAUUCCUCCUAUCCUUCGGAGAGCCCUCCCUCGCCGUGAGACGGCUCUCGACUCUCGAUGCAACCCAUUUUCCACCUGCGUGCCUAGAAAGAGAGCUGGGUCAUACCAGACUCAAGUUAAAAAGAGUUCUAGUAGUGAUCCCAGAAUAGAAGAUGCUGGAAGGGCGAUUGAGGACGAUUAUGCUUUGAUUAGAGAGAAAUAUGCUACGCCCAAAAAUCCCAUAGUCCUCGCACAUGGUCUCUUCGGCUUCGACGAGUUUCGAUUGGCAGGAAGCCUCCUUCCUGGCGUCCAAUAUUGGCGUGGAAUCACACAGGCAAUGCGCGCAAAUGGCAUCGAAGUUAUCACCACCUGUGUCCCAGCAUCCGCCAGCAUCGAGGAACGCGCUGCGAAACUCGGCGAAGACAUAGCCGCUAAAGCCAACGGAAAAAGCGUCAACAUCAUAGCGCACAGCAUGGGCGGCCUCGACGCACGAUAUAUGGUCUCUCGUUUGCAGCCAGACAACGUCGAUGUCCUCUCGUUGACUACGAUUGCCACGCCACACCGUGGGUCUGCAUUUGCAGAUUACUGCUUUGAAGAGAUUGGCCCGCAUUAUCUACCUCGUAUAUACAACUUCUUUAAUCAUUGGGGUAUUUCUACGGGUGCCUUCAGCCAGUUGACACGGAAAUAUAUGUGUGAGGAAUUCAAUACAAAGGUUCUAGAUGCUGCAGGCGUAAGAUACUUCUCUUACGGUGCAACAUCCAAUCCCCAUCUUUUUAGUGUAUUCAAGCACCCGCAUUCUAUUUUAGCUAAGCUAGAGGGUCCGAAUGACGGAUUGGUUAGCGUGGCGAGUGCGAAGUGGGGCACGUAUAAAGGCACUCUGGUCGGCGUUAGCCAUUUGGAUCUUAUUAAUUGGACGAACAGACUACGGUGGUUUGCUUCCAGGGUUGCUGGGAUUGAUAGGAAGUUCAACGCUAUCGCAUUCUAUCUGGACAUUGCGGAUAUGCUAGCCAAGGAGGGACUCUAA